GGCAGGAUGAGCGCACGCGGAGAAGGCGCCGGGCAGCCGUCCACUUCAGCCCAGGGACAACCUGCCGCCCCGGCGCCUCAGAAGAGAGGACGCGGCCGACCCAGGAAGCAGCAGCAAGAGCCAGCCGGUGAGCCCUCUCCUAAGAGACCCAGGGGAAGACCCAAAGGCAGCAAAAACAAGAGUCCCUCCAAAGCAGCUCAAAAGAAAGCAGAAGCCACUGGAGAAAAACGGCCAAGAGGCAGACCCAGGAAAUGGCCACAACAAGUCGUUCAGAAGAAGCCUGCUCAGGUAAGAGAUGGGCAUUAUGAUUUUCUUUUCCUUCCAAUUAAUAUAAAGAGUAAAGUGAAAAGAUAUAACCUAAAAUUAAACCUUAAAUGUGUCCUUUUCUAGUUUUGAUUAUGUCAGCAUCCCAGUAUUCAUGAAAAUUCGUUGUGUCCUUCAGACAAAGCCAGGAAUACAUAGUCUGAGUUGUGUCACCGAAAACCGUAGGGGGCGCCUGGUGAGCUCAGUUGAUGGAGCUUUUGGGACUUUUGAUCUUAAGGUGUUUUAAGGCUGAGCCUCAAGUUGGGUGUAGAAAUUACUUACAAAUAAAAUCUUAAAAGAAAAAAGAAAAGAAAACCGUAGAAGAUCAAGGCCUGAAGUGUACAAAGCAAAUAGAAAUACUUAAAAAGUAAAAUCUUUAUUUCAGUGCCUCAUACGAAAUAUUUAAUGAUCUUACCAUGUGUUUUGCCAAUCUUAAACAUCAAAUUUUGUCCUUUCCUUCUAUCUACCCAUAUUCCAUUGACUUGAUACAGGACUUAUUAGCUGAAAGAUAUAUCAUGAUUCAUGACAGGAAACAUAUCUGUUCAUUGAAUUAUUCCAUAACCUUGGAUAAGCCAAAACAUCCUCAAAGAGGGCUGAGAAACUGGGAAAUUAAGUCAUACCAAUUUUGCAGAUUGAUGAACCCUCAGGUCCUGCCUUCUUGGCUGCAUCACAGUUUCUGAGGUGUUGGCAACAUCAAAAUGAGGAGCCAGGUUUACUUUUCUUACUCUUUAUGCUUGGUGUUUUUGUCCUAAAUAUAAUCUAUACAUGGAAACAUAAGAAUUGUAUCUAUUGAGGAAGUAGAUCUUGAAGGAAGAAAAAACCUGAAGAUUAAAUUAACCACGACUAAAUUUAACCAAGAGUCAAUUUAACCAUUCUUAAAGUAUAAAUAUGUCCCACAAUUCUCCCCUUCCAAGUUUAAAGAGAUACCCAGGAGAUCUGGCUUUAUCACACAGAAACUGCUGAAGUAAGUUGUUACCCGGUGUUGUGGGUUAUCAAGUUCUUUGUAGAUCUCUUUCACAUAAUUGAAAAUAUCCAUGUGAUCUUUUCUCUGGAGGUCUCUAAAAAGGUACUUUGCACCCUGUUCUCUUGGGACAAUGUUGCUUUGACUGGGAAAGACCAUCCGAGCAAUCUUAUGUGUCUACUAUUCUUUACAAAUGCUGCUUGAAAGAGAACUGAAGCUUCUAAACACAUGUAAGCAUGCAGGGAAAAUGGGUCAGCGUAAUUACAUGUAUGUGUUAAGUAGAAUAAAAGCAGAGUUAACAUGAAAAAAAUUUCUCAGGGCUGCCCCCAUUCCUAAAAGCCAACAGUGGUAGGGGGAACUAAAAAUAAAUACCAGUGUUUGAGUGUUUGUAAACAAUAUUAAACAAAACAAAAUAUAAAUAAAAACUUGACAUUUUAAGUAGGAGAUUGUGAAUAUAUUUAGCCUCUCAUCUUUCAUCAGUAAGAAAAUCAAGAGAAAGUAAAUUUAAAAGUCAGUUCACUUGAGCCAAAGGAUACUGCCGUGUUCACUGUUGCAUCACUGGCUAUGAACAUUAGAUUAAUAACCUUCUGUGGUCUGUUAACAACAUUGACUCAGUAUCUAUUCUUGGUGUUGUAGGGAAGAUGAGGCACAUGAAAUAGUUAUUGCAUCCAAGAAAUGUGUAAUCUGGUUCAGAGUUUCUUAGCCUUAGCUGCAUGGUAGAAUCACCUAGAGAUCAUAUAGGACAUACAUAUAUCACCAUGUACCUGAACUGUGUAUAUGCCUGAACCCUGCCCAGUAGUAUCUGCAGAGCCAGCCCUUGUGAGCCAAUCGUGAGCACCUCUUUCAAAUUCUGUGUUAGGUGACGUCCAGUAGGUAGCUUGAAAUCGACUAUGAUGUAAGUAUUUACACCGUGGAAUUUGACAGCUGCUACCAAUCAGGACCUUUUUUUCCUGAAGAGCAAGUUUGCCUGCGCCCACCGGCCCUACCCUUCACUGAUUCUGAUUUUUUGGGGUCUGAAGACCCAAGCAUCGGUAUUUUUUAUGAACUCCCCAAGCGAUUCUAAUGUGCAGCCAGAGGUGAAGAUACUUGGUGAACACGCACGAGAAGACAUGUGAACAUUUGUUGAACAAAUAACCACAGAGUGCCAAUGGAUAUGAGGCACAUAGGGGAUACAGUCGGAUGAGUGGAAUACUGUGUGUUACUUAAGGGGAUAAUUCCUGGAAGACUUUUUAUUUUGUGUUGCCGUCUAGUUGCAGAGGGGAAAAUGGAGAUAUAAAUUAGGGAAACAGAGAUGCUAUGAAUGAGAUGAGUGGCAGAUUCAAAAGUAGAGGGGCAGAAACAAAUAAAUUACAGGUGGAGAUUAUCAGUGUGUCUGAAACUGAUUGCGGAUUUGUCAGUAAUACACCAAGAAAUAAUAAAUGUUUUCCCAAGAAACUCAGGAAUGGCAAAGAAGGCACAGAUAGACUGGGCUGGUCUUCGCUGAUCCGUGUGGUUGUGUUACAGACCCUGCUCCAGAAGUUGCCCUUGAAAGGAGA